GCAGCGUUUGUCAAAAAGGGUUCCGGACCUGAUAAAGCGUCAAACCGCUUAAUAGUAGUAUUUGCCGGGCUCCAAGCAGAGGCAUCAGCUUGGGCUGGUCUCCAUGUUUGCGCGGUAUAUUCCGGCUGACCAACUACCAUGUAGGUCUUGAGAGCCUAGGAGGAGUAAAAGGAAUUUAUAGCCAAGACUCCUCCCCCCCAAUCUCAGUGACAGGAAUGGUGCAGGCGAGAACAUGUCAUAGGACAAUCCCAUCCAGUCAGUCCUCCUGGCUCCUCACGCCGCUAAUACGCAGGUGCAGGUUUCGCCCGACACUCCCCCUGCCGCCGUAGGAUUGUUGCUCGCCGCCAAUACUCCGGGAAGCAGACAUGGAGGAAAUGACCAUCUGGGAGCAGUAUACGGUGACGCUGAACAAGGAUUCGAAGGUGGGCUUCGGUUUGGCGAUAUCCGGGGGGCGGGAUAAGCCAAACCCAGACACGGGGGACACGGCGGUGGUGAUCUCGGACGUGGUGCGCAAUGGACCGGCUGCGGGGAGACUGCACACGAGGGACCAGGUCGUCAUGGUCAAUGGCGUUUCGAUGGAGAACGUCUCCUCCAACUUCACUAUUCAGCACCUAAAGGGCUGCGGAAAAACUGCCAACAUCACCGUGAAAAGGCCCCGGAAAAUCCAGGUCCCACUGACCAACAGGCCGAACCGUUCCGCCUCCCAUUCCAACCUGCUGGAUGGUCCGUCUGCAAACAGGGGGCAGCGACCCGGCUCCGACUCUGGCAGCGAGCCAGGCUAUGGCCUACGGGGGCGCAGGGCACGCAGCCACACCCCCGAGCCCAACGGUCACCCCCUGGCCCUGAUGUCGGGCUUCAAGCGGCUGCCGACCCAGGAGGGGUCCGACAAGCCCAUAAAGGCCACACUGCUGAAGAAGAAGCCCAAUGAUGAGUACGGCCUAAAGUUGGGGAGCCAGAUUUUCAUCAAGCACAUGACCGACACGGGCUUGGCAGCUAAGGAGGGCACAUUGCAGGAAGGAGACCUCGUCCUCAAGAUCAAUGGGAUGACCACAGAGAACCUCUCGCUGUUGGAAACUAAACAUUUAGUGGAGAAAUCCAAAGGGAAGCUCACCAUGCUGGUGCUGAGAGACCAGAGGCAGUUCCUGGUCAACAUCCCUGAGGUGGAUGACAGUCCCACCAACAGCGACGACGAUGACAGGCGUGAUGACAGCAGCUCGGAGCUGGAGGAUAUUUCGGAUCUAGACAUCCCCUCGACCAGGGGCCGGAUAUCCCGCUCAGAAGCCCGAGAGCGACGUAUGCGCAGGUCUCGUGCUGAAGCUGCCCCCAAGAUCCGUGACUCCCCGCCCAUACGGUCCACCGUAACCAGGCCCCCCGCACAGGCCCUGCCUACCCGACGAGUGCCGUCGGACUCUGAAUCAGACCGGAGUGCCUCACCACCCCCCCGACGAGACCCCACAGACCCAAAGUACAGGACCUUGUCUGGCAUCCCCGUGCCCAACCCACACACCGCCCCUGUCUCCUACAGCCUGAAACCCGCUGUCUGGGCACCUCCCCAUGCCGCCUCCUCUUCCUCCAGGCCGCGUAAAGAAGUCUCAGAGUCAGACUCAGACCGGAGUGCCUCACCCCCUCCCAGACGGAGCAGCCCUAGGAUGGACGAUCCAAAAAGAUACAGGGUCCUCCCUGAUAUUUCCCACCCUGGUGUCUCUCUGCGGCCUACCCCUGUCAGCCUCUCCUCUAUGAGGUCCUCACCUAAAGAUGACACGGAGUCCGACAGCAGCUCCAGCCCCCCCCGCAGGCAGGGCACCCCACCCAGCCCGGACUCCAGGAACCGAUACAGGGCUGCUCCUGAGGGCUCUCCGCUGACCCCCCCUGCAGACCAGCCACGGUGGAUUGAUCCACCAAUGAGGGACUCACCGGUGCCCAAGAGAUCAGAUUCGGAGGCCAGCUACACGUCUGUUCCAGAACAAAACGCCCCCCAAACGAGAAACGCCUGGCAAGGAAAUGAAAGAUACAGGGUAUUCCCCGAAAUACAGUCACCCCCCAUGCCCCUCCGACAAGACCCCCUGCGAAGAAGCCCGUCACCCGACAGACCCCCCCAGGAAGAUUCCUCGGGGUCAGACCGUGUCCCCUCCCCCCCUCAGAGGUACGAGAGCACAGAGUACGACAUCAGCCCCAGUUUUCCGGUCAAUGGUGCCCUCCGCACCAAUAUGUCUGAGCCGCGCAGUCCCACAGGCUACUCCAAAAAUGAAGAAGAGCCACUUUAUUCCUUACCCCCGGAUUCACCAGAUAUUCCAUCCUUUCCAACAGCUGGGUACAGCUCUGAUCUGAGGAAGGUGGAGUUCGUGAAGGAGAACAGCGUGGGUCUGCGGCUCGUGGGUGGCAACGAUGUGGGCAUCUUCGUGGCAGGAGUGCAGCCCCACAGCCCCGCGCACCAGCAGGGCAUGAAAGAGGGCGACCAGAUGCUGCAGGUGAACGGCGUGGACUUCAGCCGCAUGACACGUGAGGAGGCUGCCAUGUUCCUGCUGAACCUCCGCAAAGGGGAGCCGGUGGAGAUCUUCAGUCAGAACAAGAUGGAUAUUUACAAGAAGAUCCUGAAGUCCAGCCUGGGAGACUCCAUCUACAUUCGCACGCACUUCGACCACGAACCAGAGGGCCCCGCCGGCCUGGGCUUCACCCGCGGUGAGGUGUUCCGGGUCGUGGACACCAUGCACCGUGGCAAGCUGGGAAACUGGCUUGCCAUCCGCAUGGGCAACGAUCUGCACGAGCUUGACAAGGGAACCAUCCCGAACCAGGCGAGGGCGGAGACCAUAGCAAACCUCGAGCGCAGCCAGAGGGCCGGCAGCAGUGAGCGGCAGGGCUCGGGUCCCAGGGCGGAAUUCUGGAAGCUGCGGGGCCUGCGGGGGGCGAAGAAGAACAUCCGCAAGAGUCGGGAAGAUCUCCUUCAGCUCACCAUCCAGGGCAAAUACCCUGCGUAUGAGAAGGUCCUGCUGAGAGAAGCCAGUUUUAAGCGCCCCAUUGUCAUUAUGGGUCCUCUGAAUGACGUUGCCAUGGAGAAGCUGGCCAGCGAGAUGCCUGAGGAAUUUCAGCUGGCAGACAUGGUUCCUCGCAGUGGAGGUGAAGGUUCCUCCUCCGUCAUUAAGCUGGAGACAGUGAGGCAGAUAGCUGAGCAGAACAAGCACCCCCUGGUGGAUAUAACGCCCACAGCCGUGGAACGGCUCAGCUACAUUCAGUACCACCCGCUGGUGCUGUUCCUAGACCCGCACAGCCGCAAGGACGUGAAGGUCAUGAGGCAGAGGCUCUGUCCGAACUCCAACAAGAGCUCCCGGCGUCUCUUUGCUCAGGCACGCAAGACGCGCAAGUACUACAGCCACCUGUUUGCAGAGCGUAUUGAGCUUCAGCCCAACUCCGACGUGUGGUAUGAAGUCCUCAAGGACAAGAUCCAUCAGCAACAGGCCAAACCAGUCUGGGUGUCCGAGGUCAUGCUGGAGGGCGGGGAACAGGAGGAGUUUGACACCCUGACACGCACCAACUCCUCCGACUACCUGAGCUGUGACAGCCGGGCCACCAGCGACUACGAGGACACGGACGGGGAGGCCUACACAGAUGGGGACGGCUAUACCGACGGCGAGGCCUUCACCGACAACGAAGACCUGGCUGACCACUAUCCCAGACAUGAGAGCCGCAGAAACAUGGGCGUGGCCCGUUCCUCGGAGCCCACUAGAGGGCAGGACAGCCCGACUCAGGACUUCGAACCCGUGUCGGAGGCUCUUCCCCGGGUGCUGCCGCCCAUCUUGCAUGUGCCCAAGCCGAAGCCUCUCGCCCACGCCCCCAGCAGCCCUGUCCAGGUCUCGGACUCCAGCCCCCAGUCUGACGUUCCGCCGGACUUCCGAGCGCCGAACCCCCCCUCCCAGGAAUCGAUCCCUGAGCCCCCCACUUCAGAGGACCUCCCAGAGACCCAUGAGCCAGCCUCACUCUCGGCAAUAGAGGAGAAACUCCAGCAGACCCGAAUGGCAGAACCGCAGGAAAAGAAACCCCCUCCACCAUUCGUCGUGCUGGCCCACAGAGAAGCCGUACAGUGGAGACGCACUCAGAUCCAAGGCAGCGACACCUCUGACGACAACGAAGAAAUUGACGACAUCGAAUGGGGCCCCGCCACUGAAUUAUAGACUGUAUGCACUUCAAACAUCUGCACAGCCUCCUUUUGAGAGAGAACUGAAUGGAUGUACAUAGUUAUACAUACAUAGUUAUACUGCCCCCCCCCCCAGCCCCCCCCGUGUGACCUUUGAUACUGCAGCCAUUUGAAGCAUAGAUCUUGAAUUCAGGUGUGGAACAUUUGAGGGGAUGUUCCAACAACCCAUUGGUAUUACCUAAACAGUAGGACAUUGCUACACUUAAAACAUGCAAUAGGGAUAACUAAACCUGUUUUAUUUUUAAUGUACAUUUUUUUUUUAAAUAAAAAGACUUGUAUAAAUUAA